GCGGGCGUUAAGUGGACAACUUGCGAGCCUCCGCCUGUCAUCCUCGAGCCGAUUGUUUGUUGUCAAAAUGGAGUUCUUACUGGGUAAUCCAUACAGCACUCCAGUGGGUCAAUGCGUAGAGAGGGCUACUGACGGAGGACUACCGCAUGAAGACUGGGCCCUCAACAUGGAGAUCUGUGACAUCAUUAACGAGACAGAUGAGGGGCCAAAAGAUGCCAUACGAGCCCUGAAGAAACGACUCAGUGGCAACAAGAAUUACCGAGAAGUCAUGCUGGCCCUAACGGUGAUGGAGACGUGUGUGAAGAACUGCGGCCAUAGGUUUCACGCUCAGGUGGCGAACAGAGAUUUUAUCGAUGGCGUUUUGGUCAAAAUCAUCUCGCCCAAAACAAAUCCUCCAACCAUCGUGCAGGAGAAAGUGCUGUCGCUCAUACAGGCCUGGGCUGAUGCAUUCCGGAGUAGUCCUGAUCUCACCGGGGUGGUCCACAUCUAUGAAGAACUGAAAAGGAAGGGCAUCGAGUUCCCAAUGGCAGAUCUGGAUGCAUUGUCCCCCAUCCACACGCCACAGCGGGGCACCCCAGAGGUGGACCCGGGCAUGAUCAAGUACCUCGCUCCUGCAGCCACCCCCACCAUCAACACCACCACCACCACCCCUGCUUCUUCAUCUCCUAAACCUGCCACAAAAUCAUCUGCCACUCACAUCUCUCCACACGGUGCCAUCACUGCAACCCCUGAACAGAUCACCAGGUUACGUAGCGAGUUGGACGUAGUGAGAGGGAACAUUAAAGUCCUGUCGGAGAUGCUCACAGAGAUGGUUCCCGGCCAGGAGGAUUCCUCCGAUCUAGAAUUGCUCCAGGAGCUGCAUCGGACAUGCAGAGCUAUGCAGCAGAGAGUCGUGGAACUCAUUUCCCGUGUGUCUAACGAAGAAGUGACCGAGGAGCUUCUGCACAUCAACGACGACCUCAACAACAUAUUCCUCCGCUACGAGAGGUACGAGAGAUUCAGGUCGGGAAGGGGUGCUCAGAACAAAGGGAUGUUGACUGAGGCCACAGAUGACAACCUGAUAGACCUUGGUCCAGGCUCCCCUGCUGUGGUCUCGCCCAAAACCACGUCUAGUUCGCCCCCCCACAGUACUGCAGGGGGGGCCACUGCCUCCCCAGCCCAUCACCCUGGUGCAGCCGCACUCUCCUCUGCAAUGGCAGGCCUCGAUGUGGGCUCUGCCAGUCUACCAAGCCACAAACAAGACGACUUUGACAUGUUUGCCCAGACUAGGAGCAGCUCUCUGGCUGACCAGCGUAAGAAUGUCAAAUAUGAGGACCCUCAGGCUUUGGGCGGUCUGGCCUCGGCUCUGGAUGUCAGACAGCAAAACACAGGAGGAGGGCUGAGGGUAAAAGGGGAUGAUAACCCAGCAGAUCAGGAGCUGCCCAUAGACAGCUGGCUUAUUACCCAAGGAAUGAUCCCUGUAUCGCAGUCCUCUGUCAUGGAUGACAUAGAGGAGUGGCUCUGUGCUGACGUGAAAGGCGAUGCUGCAGAUGAAGGUGUAACCAGUGAAGAGUUCGACAAGUUCCUAGCUGAGAGAUCAAAGGCUGGAGACUCCUCACCUCCGGGGGCUAGUCCUGCUCAUCCUGCCCACCCCCCUGCGGGAUCUCAGAAGAGGGCGGAACGGACAGAAGAUGCCCUCUUUGCCUUGUAGACCCGCCCCCCCCGGUCUCUUGGGCGUCUCAAUCACUCUCUUAGGAGGGGUCUUCUGAAGAUCCUCACCCUCAAUGAGUCCUCCUAGAAACUAAACAGAGGUCCACAGGUUGUAAGGUAACACCAUCCGUGGAUGUAUGUAUCUGUUCAUGUGGGAUGUAGUCACGCUUUACAUCUCAUUCAGCCUAGGAUGGAUGGUUGAUGUCUAAUCCAGCAUCGCUAAUUACUAAUGUACACAUUGAUCCUUUUGACGGUUUAUUGCUACUUUGCACAAGUGUUGUGCUUCUGGUCGUGCAUUUCCAUUAUUUACCCACCUUCAAGUAGUUCUAGUGUUAUAUUCAAAGUAUUGCAAUGCUUUUAAUACGGAAAUAAGCUCGGAGUUUGACUAGAGCAGGGGUGUCCAAAGUGCGGCCCGCAGCUAAUCGUUUAGCAGCCCGAAACGCAUUCUGUGAAAAUUGCAAAAUUGAUAGUAUUGCAAGAAUAAAAAUGAAAAAAAUUUAAAAAAAAAGUGGAAUGAGGUGAAAUCUAAUGAAAAAAAGUGGCAAUGUUGACACAAAGCUGCCAUGCAGGCCUUUUUUUUUUUUUUCCCUUUUGUUUUUAUUUUCUUUUUUUUCCCCAUUGCUCAAAAAAAAAGGACAAAAAAAAAUCAAUGUUAUAAUGAGUUACUGUAUUUCCUUGAAUUGCCGCAGGGCAUAUAGUAAGCGCCUGCCUUGAAUUACCGCCUGGUCGAACUCGUGACGUCAGGAGUGACACUUCCCCUGUAAUUUUAAAUCGCAUAAAGCAGGGGUCGGGAACCUUUUUGGCUGAGAGA